AUGACCGUCCGUACUGCCUCCCUCGCCAUUCGAGACGACACAGAUGAUUGUGGCUCUGGCGGCGGCGCUGAUACUUUUUUUGGACUGAGGAUCGCAUCGAUCUUCAUCAUCCUCGUCGGUUCCAUGUUUGGAUCUCUGUUUCCGGUAAUUGCGAUGAGGUUUGCUAAAUGGUUUGGGUCCGGUGUCAUCAUUGCGACAGCUUUCAUCCAUCUUCUCUCACCCGCCAUCGACGAGUUGAGUAGUCCUUGCCUUUCUGAUGCAUGGCAAGGAUAUCCAUACGCUCUCGCUUUGUGUCUGCUCAGCAUUUUCGGCAUCUUCAUUGUGGAGCUCAUCGCUUUUCGGUGGGGAACCGCGAAGUUGGAAAAACUUGGGUUUGUCUACGAUGCUCAUGGGCAUGAAGCUGGCGCCCAUGCUGCCCCCGGUCCCGAGACACUUGCUCAAGACAAUAUCGAAGGCGAAAAAGAUGUUCGAGACCUGAGUCGUGUCAUGGAAGAGGCUCGUGCUGGGUCUCGAUCUUCUCGCUCUUUGAAUCGAGAGGAUGAGUCUGAUUUAAAGGAAACCAGUCGGGGCAAUGAUGCAGUCCUGGACUCUCCUUUGACGCAAAUCCUGGGUGUGGCUAUUUUGGAAUUUGGUGUUGUUCUUCAUAGUGUCCUCGUGGGACUGACUUUGGCUGUCGAUCCAGACUUCAAGGUCCUCUUUGUGGUUUUGGUUUUCCAUCAAACAUUUGAAGGCCUCGGAGUUGGAUCACGUCUGGCCUACAUGCAAAAACAUCUUCCUCAGGCGUAUCGAAAUGUAUCCGUCUAUGGUGCCUUGUUGUACGGAAUAACCACGCCCGUUGGAAUUGCUGCCGGGCUGGGCGUACGCACGACAUACAACCCUGAUAGCACAACGGCUUCGAUAGUCAGUGGAGUGAUGGACUCGCUGAGCGCGGGAAUCUUGAUCUACACAGGAAUGGUUGAGUUGCUUGCACACGAGUUCCUGUUCAGUGACGAGAUGCGAAAAAGCUCAAAUACAAGGCUGGCGCGGUGUGUAUGUACGAUGCUCUUGGGUUGUGGGUUAAUGGCACUUCUUGGUAAAUGGGCUUAG